AUGCCUUCUUUGAACAUACCAGACCGUUCAAUCCGCAUCUGCGCUGAUCGGGGAGGAACUUUCUGCGAUGUCCAUGCGUCAUAUCCUGAUCCAGAGAAUCCUAACGAGCGGAAGGAGAUUGUAGUUAAGCUUCUGUCCCAGGAUCCGGCGAACUACCAGGAUGCGCCUACGGAGGGGAUUCGUCGUGUACUGGAGCAGGUUACGGGCGAAAGUAUCCCUAGAGGGACUACACUUGAUACAUCAAAGAUCGAUUACAUCCGCCUCUCCACCACCGUCGCCACCAACGCCCUCCUCGAACGCAAAGGCAAGAAACACGCUCUCCUCAUCACCAAAGGCUUUAAAGACCUCCUCCUCAUCGGCAACCAGUCCCGUCCCCGCAUCUUUGACCUCAACAUCCGUCGGCCCCCACCCCUCUACAGUGCCGUCGUCGAGGUAGACGAACGAGUGACUCUGGUGGGAUACACGAGUGACCCGAAGUCAGAGGAGCAUCAGGUUGUCUUCACUGAGGAUGGGAAGGUGGAGAGGGGGUAUAGAGGUAAGGGAUGGGACGGGAAGGGCGAUGCAGAGGGUCCAGGAGAGAUCGUAAGAGGUAUUUCGGGCGAAGCAGUCAGGAUCUUACAAAAACCCGACGAAGCCGCCAUCAAAGCCGACCUCGAAAAGCUCUAUGCAGAAGGCUAUCGUUCCCUCGCCGUCGUCCUCGUGCACUCCUACACCUACCCCAACCACGAACUUCUCAUCGGCCGUCUCGCCUCCUCCGUCGGCUUCCCCCAAAUCUCGCUCUCCUCCCAACUCCUCCCGAUGAUCAAAAUGGUACCGCGAGGGGUCUCGUCCACCGCCGACGCGUACCUCACCCCUAUUCUGCGCGAAUAUCUGGAUGGGUUUUUCAAGGGGUUCGAUGAGAAGUUGAGGGAUGGGAGGGUGAAGAGUCCGAGGGUGGAGUUUAUGGGGAGUGAUGGCGGUUUGGUAGAUGCGGAGAGGUUUAGUGGAUUGAAGAGUAUUUUGAGUGGGCCGGCGGGGGGUGUGGUUGGAUAUGCGUUGACGAGUUGGGACGAGAAGGAGAAGACGCCUGUGAUUGGGUUGGAUGUCGGAGGGACGUCAACGGACGUUUCGCGGUUCGAUGGACGGUACGAAGUCGUGUACGAAACGACAACGGCGGGCGUGACCAUCCAAUCCCCACAACUGGAUAUCAACACUGUCGCUGCAGGGGGCGGAUCAUGCCUCACCUUCCGGAACGGCCUCUUCUGUGCAGGUCCUGAAAGUGCGGGAGCAGAACCUGGACCUGCAUGUUACCGGAAAGGCGGUCCACUCGCCGUAACAGACGCGAAUCUGAUGCUGGGACGCCUCGUACCGGAUUAUUUCCCGAAGAUCUUUGGAAAGUCGGAGAAAGAGCCGUUGGAUGUACAGGCGUCGAAGGUCGCGUUUGAGAAAGUCGCGGAGGAAAUCAAUGCGAGUAUCGCUCAGAGUGGGGAGAGGAAGUUGGACUUGGAUGAGAUCGUUUACGGAUUCAUCAAAGUGGCGAAUGAGACGAUGUGUCGACCGAUUCGUGCUCUGACGGAGGCAAGGGGAUACGCAACAUCGAGACACAUAUUGGCCAGUUUCGGUGGUGCAGGUGGUCAACAUGCCUGCGAGAUUGCUCAACUCCUCGGCAUCAAGACGAUCCUGAUCCAUCGCUACAGUUCUAUUCUGUCCGCCUAUGGCCUUGCUCUAGCUGACCGCGCACACGAAAUCCAAGAACCUUCCUCAGCAAACUACAACGCCACCAACAUCCAAACGCUCCAAUCCCGCCUAAACAGCCUCACCAAAACCGUCCGCUCCGAACUAACCAAACAGGGCUUCGAGCCCUCUCGGAUUCGCAUCGAACGCAUGCUCAAUAUGCGAUUCGACGGGACCGAUACCGCGCUCAUGGUUCUUCCCUCCGCCGAACUCGGCGAAAAAUCCGGUGAAGGUGAGGAUGGCGAGAGCCAGGAGGACUUUGAGAAAGCGUUCAAGAGGAUGUAUAAGUCCGAGUUUGGGUUCCUGCUCGAUUCGAAGAAUAUCGUGGUCGAUGAUUUGAAGGUGAGAGGGAUAGGGAAGACGUUCGAUUCGUUGGGGCAGUCGGUGUUUGAGGAGUUGAAGGAGUUGAAGACGAGGGUCGUCGGUGGUCAGGGAAGCGAGGAAGAGAAGGUCGCGAUGAGGUAUUCGGUGUAUUUCGAAGGCGUGGGGAGGGUGCAUGAUACGAGGGUCUAUGAGCUGGACAGGUUGGAGGUUGGAGAUGAGGUUAGGGGACCGGCGAUGAUUAUUGAUAAUACGCAGACGAUCGUGGUCAUCCCCGGGGCAAGGGCGAUCGUGGCGAGGAAACAUUUGGUGGUGAAGUUGGAGGAUAAGGACGAGGAGUAA